UUUUUAGGGUUUAACUUGGGGGUUUAGCGAAAACGACAUCAAACUUUCAAAGGGGAAAAUCGGUGGCGAAUCCAACUGGAAAGUCCUAGAGAAGAAGAGCCAACACCGGCAACCGCUGAAACGGAAACAUUUUUUUUUUACUUUUUUUUUUAUGGAAGAAAACAGUCGGACCGUUUAAAGCCGAUAGAGACGACGAGGAAGAAGAAGAGCCUGACGGAAAGGCAAAGAUUAAUAUGAAAAUGAUUAACAAUUUACUCCGACUCUUCACUUCCUCUUCGUCUUUCAGACGCCUUUCCACACUCCAAAUACAUUCCCUCCUCAACGACCUUCCUUCUUCUGGUUUUCCUUAUAGACCCACUUCCAUUACUUCUCCUGCUUCUUCUUCUUCUUCUUCUUCUUCCGCUACUUUCCGGUUUCUAAAAACCAGUUCCUCCAGAGAUUUUGUCGAUGGAAAACACGACCCUUUUUCAGAGAAUGAAGAGAGGGACAUUUCGAAUGGAUGGGAAGAGGGAGAGACUUCAGAUGGAUGGGAAGACGAGGAUGAAACUGAGCCUGAGUAUGCUGAUGGAGGAGAUGGUGGUGGAGUUGUAUUGAAUGGUCUUCCAUGGGGCGAGCGGGCCUUUUCCAUUGCCCUUGAGGUCUUGUCACAAUUUGGUGAUGACAUCAAACUCUUUGCUUUCAAGACUACUCCUCGAGGAUAUGUCUAUGUUAGACUGGACAAACUGUCACACAAGUAUGGAUGUCCCAGCACGGAGGAGCUGGAAAGCUACAAUAGGGAGUACAAGAAGAGAUUAGAUGAAGUUGGAGCACUUGGAGAAAUACCCGACGAUUUGGGUCUUGAGGUAUCAACUCCUGGGGCAAUCAGAUUACUAAAGGUACCGGAUGACCUAGAACGGUUCAAGGACAUGCCUAUGCAACUAUGCUACAUGGCAGGUGAAGAGUCUAAUUGCUUAGAAAAGAAUGGGGUAUUUCUAUUGGACUCCCUUGAACCAGAGGCUUGCAUAUGGAAGUUAGCUAAUGUGAAGGAAAACCGGGACCCUCUUCGCAAAGGUCGACCUUUAAGCCGAAAACAGAAGGAUUGGAGAUUAAAACUGCCAUUUGGGUUGCAUAAGACGGUAUCUCUAUACUUGCAGUUGUGAAAUUUGCUCUUUUCCAAGAGCUAUUUUUGUUAUUGAAGUGAAAAGGGCUUAGAUAUUUAAUAUUUUUUUUAGUGUUUGUAUAACAUGUCCAUUAUCUAUACUCCAUCUUCUGUUUCAUCACAAGUAAUUUUGAAUAAA